AUGAUUCUUAUUGAAACCUGUAAAUUUUCACAUCGUAAAUUCGUGGAGAUCAAUUCUAGUUUACUUUGUUCCAUGAAUGACAAAUCGGUUUCAGAAUUGGUAAUACUUAUCAGUCAAAAAGAAGUCACCUCACAAGAUAAUGAACAAACAGUUAGUGAACUCACGGAUGGUAUUACCGAAUUCCAAGGUUUGCAUACUUCUCAAUUGGUCGUGUUGUUGCUUUUUCAACGGAAUUUUGCCUCUGUUUUCGGUGAUCUUUUCCAACCAAACGCUGCCUCUCUUUCAUGGCUCAAAGAAGAAGUGCGUUAUUACACAGAAGAAAAUAAUGAUCCUCUAGAAGACUGUUUAGCCGAUUUCACCAGAGAAAACCCAGCUGAAGCCGCUAAGUUGAAUAGAGAGAUAACUUCGAUAUUUGAAGUUCAUUCCAUUAUUCAGAAAUAUUGGGUAAUACAAAAUGCGUAUGAAUCCAUGUUGUAUAAACUCACAGGAGAAUAUGAAUAUUAGUUGAUAUCAUGAAAUUCGUUCCACUAAGUAAUGAAAUUGUUAAAUUAACAGACGAUAACAAAAAUGUUUAAGUUGUGUAAUCUGUUUUUCUGUAAAAGUUAAUAAUAAAAUUCUCAUUUCCUUCUG